GCAGAUGAGCGCAGAAUAUUUAGGCGAGAGCGCGAGGAGGGGGGAGCGCGGGGCAGGAGGAGUAUCUCGGCCGAGAAAAUUAUGCAUGCGUUAGGGAAGCUCUGAGAGAAUGGCUGUGGAAGCUCUCCACUGUGGCUUGAAUCCCCGGGCUGUCGAUCACUCCGCCCGGGCCGAAGGCAUUAAACUGCAGAUCGAAGCGGAAGCUGUGGAAUCUCAACCCAUUAAAAACAAAAAUUUUCAGAAGGUGCUUGACCAAAAAGGAACCCCCAAGCGACUGCCAACAGAAGCUGAGACGGCUAAGUUGGCUACGGUGAAGCUGUCGAAACCAGUGGCUCUGUGGACUCAACAGGAUGUCUGCAAGUGGCUGAAGAAACAUUGUCCGAAUCAGUAUCAGAUCUACAGCGAGUCAUUCAGACAGCAUGACAUUACUGGGCGAGCCCUGCUGAGACUGACUGACAAAAAGCUUGAGCGGAUGGGGAUUGCCCAGGAGAACCUCCGGCAGCAUAUCCUACAACAGGUGCUCCAGCUGAAGGUGCGCGAAGAAGUCAGAAACCUACAGUUACUCACACAAGCCUCAACCGAGGGUUCUCCAUAAACGUGGUUAGCCUUCCAAGCUGCUGUCCUGCCAGUUGAUAUGAACGUGGCCUGUUCCUCACAGAAAGACUAACUCAUGGCACUGCCAGAAGAUCUCCAUGGAGCACUGACAGAUUAACCAGAUUAACUGAAAAAACUCCCAUUCGGUCAAGAUCAUGGGCUUUGGAAAAUCUUAGUUUGCUGUGGAUUUUAAAAUGAGGUGCAUAAUACACAGUGCCAACUUGCUCCAAGUGGUCAUUGGCAGACCAUUAGCUGGAAAAUUGCUUCCAGUUUUCAUCACUGUGCAUAACUCAAGCUCCCUUAGGGGAGCUGUCUGUGCCCUUCACUAGAAGUCCUAUUUUAGCAUGGCAACUACUGGAUUAUUUUAUUAUGUGUGCAGAUGGCAUGAUGUGUUAGACAAAAAAAAAAUCACAGCAGUUCUGCAAUCUCAGUGGAAGCGUUCAUGAUACUCUGCCCUGGUAGGAAUGUAAACAUGUCUUGAUUAUGUUAGUUACGAUGUCUAAAGGUAUUCUGUCCAACUCUUAAGCACUUUACAUGAGAACACGACACCAAAACCAAUCAGCACAUCCAGUACACGUGGGAAAACAAGUAUUCUCUCUCUCUCUCUCUCUCUCUCUUUAUCCUUUUAUAAAUCUUGUCUUCUUUCUGGCUCAGACUGUCCAAGACAAGCUCCGUUCCCAACGUAUCCGCAGUCAUCUGCAGUACAUUGGGGUAACCGUGGCCACAAUACCGUUCGACUUAACCUGUCAAUACUUUAGGCAACCAGUUGGGUUUCUUGCUGUGCCAAAGGGGAGGAGAAGAGGUCUGGUGGUUGAAGUAUCUUAGGUCUUGGUUCCUGGUACCGGGGCCCAACUCAGCACAUCUACACUCAGGCAAACACAGGAGGCUUCUAGGUGGCCAGGGUACACAUUCACUCCCUCUACAGCAGAGUGUUUUCAAAGAACAAAAGGGGGUGGCUCUUUAAUCAAAGACCAUGGUAGGUUGAGGGAAAGGGCAGCAGAAUACAGUUUUCCUGUGUGGUCUGACUUUACAACUUUAGAAAACUUUUUAGGUCAAGUCUCAAUCACAGCUCUCGGAAGAGGAGGAAUAGCAAGUGUCCCCCUGCGAGCCUGAUGAAGGAAAAGGGCCCAGUCCACACCAGGUUGCUGCCUCAGUAGGGAACCUACUAGUCCCCUUUAAUCCUUUCUGGGAUUAUAUCCACAAUUAAUUUUUUUUUUUACUAUGUCUUACAACAAAGCACAGUCAACCCAGUUAUUGCUUGUCUUUGGGCAUUAGAGAGACGCCCAUAUUGGCCAACCCUACCUAAUGCUUUAGCUUUUUUUUCCCCCUGGAAAUAGAAACUUGGCUGAAUGGAAAAUUCAGCAGAUAUGUUCUGCGUACCCACAAUCCUAGUCUGGGACUGACAGGUGUCGGAGGCUUUUCUUUAAAUAUGUGUACCCACACUGGGAUCCUGCUAGCACAAGGAAGUUUGGCAUUUGGGGGUGGGGGAGUGGCCAUACACACACUCAUGGUCUGCUCUCCCCUUGUGGAGGGGGUUGGAUCUCAGGAAAUGCACAGCACAUUGGAAAAUGCCCCCAGCUGAGAUCUGGAAAGUUGACAGGAGAAGAGAAAGAGACCCAAAUAUGCAGGUGAGUCAUCCCGUAGGAGUCAUCCCUUCAGGCUGUGUUGCCGAAGAAGGGGGCUUCCAAGAGGGAACUUGGAGGAGUGUCAGUCACCAUCAAGAUCCGGCCUUUCACGGGUCAGCACCAGGACCGUCAGGCUCUCGCAAACCAUAAUUCUUUACAAAUCCAGAAUCGGGCAGCCAAACCGUGACUGUAAGAGCCCCUGGAGAGAACACUCCGCUCUCUCCUGCACACCCCCUGAGCAUCUGUUCCAACAGCAAGGCUUCCUUCUUCUUUCAUCCUUUCUUUUAUUUAGCAAGGAGCUAAAUAAAAGUGUUGAGCACCUACUACGCGCCAAGCAUUGCAUUGGGAUAUCAGUAGAGUACAAGGCCAACUCUCCAUGCCCUUCUGAAAUGGUAUCUGUUCCCCCUAGACAGUGCCCCCAUCCCGGCUUUCCCACAGUGAAAACAGAAUUCAGACAGCAUUCACCCCUCACCAGAGUAAGCUCGCAGAAUGCACAUGGCAGCAGGCAGCCCUCUAGGCCAAGGAAGGAGACAAUGGAGGAAGAAGUGGUACAGCAUCAGGUCACAUGUUACCAUCCUUGUGUACAGCCAAGCCUUCCUGGGCCCAGCCUUGUCUUCCUAAAUCAGCUUUCAGUUGAGCUCCUGGCUGUUCACCCUGGUCAUCCGUGUUCUCCUCCUCCAUACAGGCACAACCUGCUGGUCAUGAUGCUGGGUUCUCUGAAGCUCCAGUUCUCAGCAGGGUCCUGGAGACCCAGAAUAGGGCCUCCGGAGUCCAAAAGAACUGUCAGGUGCUGAGGUCCUAUAGCUGAGAAUUCAUUGGUUUAUGAGUUCAGGGUCAUUCCGAAACUAUGACUAACAACCCUGAAAGACUGAACACAUCUUAUGGUACAGAUGGUCAUUAAAUGAUGGUGGUUCAUCCUUCCUUCCUUUGGCUUUCACAAAAUAUGUUCUGAACAAUUAAAUAAGGAGAGUUUCCUAUACUUUUUUUUUCAGUCGAAAGUGUACUGACAGAUUAUUAAAGGGUAAUGGGUAAGGGUGGAGAUGGGGAAAGGUAAACUUGAAAGAACCCAGUUGAAGAUGGCAUCUCUAUAAAUGCCUUAAUUCCUGAUGUACCACGUAUUUGUGUAUGAGCUGCGACGUGUUUUCCAAACCGUCAACCUCAUUUUGAAGUCAUGUGGUGGGGGGGGUGGUUAAGAAUCUGAGCAGUCACUUGUUAAACCAGCAAAAUGGAGAAAUGACCUCCUUCCCAGCCUUCGGGGUCUUAGUACUGUGUUGAUCCACAAUUUCCCCGUCAUUACUUCCUGCUGUGCUGUCCCUUCUUCCCAAGAUAUGUGGAGGAAAUUUUACCUCCCAGAAGUUCAAGAAUGGCUGUGAGGAGUUUUGUUUAAGGAGGCAGCGGGAGACCAGGAGGUAAGGGAUAAAUAUUUUUAUGUCUAAGGGCUAUAAACUGUUGAUGCUUAACUUUUCCUUUUACUUAAACCUCUGCUACACCUUUUAUUGAAAGGCUGACUCCCAUACCUGUGCAGGAAAAACACUCUUGGGAGUGAACAGAAAUGAAUAAUUAUCAGACUCUCUGGGGUGCCAAGGGGAUUAGCUUGUUUCAGCUUCAGAACCGAAUUUAAAAUAAAUGCAGAGCAUCGGUGGUUCUGCUAGGGCGAAAAGCAAAUCACUUCAGUAGUUUAAGACAUACCUAGGGGCUAGAGAUCCUAUAAACUUUCUUAUGGGUAAUGGCGUCCCUUCAGACCCCUGCUCAGGCUCUAUGAGCUGUGUAACUGCACAUUUGACUUCUACCUCCAGAACAGGGGAAGCAACCCCAACUUCUCUCCAAAGUCACUCCUCAGCUGUUCAGACAAGGUUAACAGUCCUUAUUCUGAGGGAAUUCUGCCGUUUUUUAACACUCAAGGGGAAAAGGAAUAUCAACUCUACUGAAGUGUAUAACCUGAGGAGAGACUCGUCUAAUGGAUUUAGCCCAGUGUUGCUUGCGAAGGCUUGCUUUGUCUGCAAAUGUCACAGGAUUGAUGUUGGAAAGGAACAAUGAAAGUCUCUCAGAAAAGUUUCCAAGACCCCCUUAGCAUUUUAGCUUUACCCAAACCUCCUCUUUUCUGUGCCAUAAGCAGCUACAUUCUUUGUGAUGUUUUCCUCCACAUUCUUUGGAGUAAUUUUGUUACUUGACAACUAGACUUAAGAUUGCUAUAGACUCUUUUUGAAAAAUCUAAUAUUUGAAAAUGACAGAAAUUCUUUUACGCCUUAAAGGCUGUUUCUAUUCACCUCUCCCACAACCCUCUCCACUCACUUUUUUGCUUUUAUUUUUUCUUGCCUUUUUUUUUUUCCUUUUAAUCUUUCCUUUAAAAAAAUUCCUUGGGUAGAUUUUGAGGAUUCGCUCAAGAACUCGAACGGAAAAACUUAGCAUUCCCCUUUUCCCCCAGUACUGACUAAUAAUUCCUUCUUCUGCUUGAUCUCGGUGAGGGCUUGCUGUCCAAACAGCAGGGGGAUGUGCGUUCCCGUCUCUAGGGAAUGACCGGUCAAAGCUGCUCAUCGAAACAGAGCCCAUGAGAUUAUGAGGGAGGAUAGACCAAGAGGUGCUUCUGCUCAGGGCACAGCUGGGGACUCUAUUUCAAAGACACCAAGGUCCUGCUCCUCUGUUUCUUUAGCUCUGCAUCUCAUCCUGGAGCCAGAGAACGGUCUUAGGAAUUCUGCUUCAUCGGUGUGCAUGAUUCCUGGUACCACUGCACACCUUUGGGUCAAAUAGAGCCCCAUUUCCAUUAUUUUGCUCGGUGACUUACUCCUGUGGAGAGAUAGGGACAUUCUUUGGACAGUGAAUCAGCUGUGGGAAGCUUGAGGAAAAAGUUGGCCACGUGCCCAUGGAGGUUCUGCCACACCUUAAUGAAAAAACAAAGUAGAUCCUUCCCUGGAGAUUCUCGUGUGGGAAGGUGGCUUAGAGGGAUGGUAUCCAUUCUGGUUUUCUUCUGGCCAUCACCUUGGCCCUGCAGGGAAUGUUCUGGGGGUGGGGAUAGGGUAUGGAGCACCAUUUCUAGGAUCUAAAUUGGAAGAGGAAGUUCACCUAUAAGAUAAAAGUUAAGGGGAAGUGCCAGUGAGUAUGGGACCAGUUUUAGACCUCCUGCCCAACAGCACAAAGAUUGACAAAUGACUUCCUCAGGAUAGCAGAAAAUGGGUGUAAAAGGCUUUGUAAGAUUAGAGUUUCGAGCACCAUGGAGGGCGAUUUUACAAUCUCAAAGAGCUCCAAGCGUUCUAACUUCAAAGCCUCCCUUCCCCAAUUACAUCAAGCACAAAAAGGCACCAACAACGUACACCUAAAGAAAUUUCAAAGUAACCCUAUAACUUGCACUGAGUUGCAGUUGACUGGUUGCCAUAAUGUUAAGUGUUGUAGAUACAUUCUUUGAUUCUACAGUAUUCUUUUCAUAUUUCAGAGCCAAUGGUUCUGGGAUUUCAUUUCUUUAAUGGCUUGUCUUGUUGCUGCUGUCAUUGUUCCAAACCUCCAACAUUUCCAGGAGCCUUGGGAAGGCUCUUAAACCCAGGCCUUUUUGCCUCCAGUGCAGAGUGACGCAAACAGCCCUACCGACCUGAAUGCCGCGGAGACUCCGACUUUAAUCCAGCUGGAGACGCUAACCCCCAGCACCAGGAACACACUGAAGACCUCGCUGGUUGCUUUCUGCGUUGCUUAGAACCUUUCACAGUUCCAUUGUUUGGAUCAAAGGAAAUAAACGGGCUGUUCUCCA